AUGACUUCCAACGAUCUCAAGUUUGAAAUGUCUUCACUCGAUAAGAACGACAUCGCCCAUCUCGAGGUCACUUCUGUCGACAGCAAGACCAGAGAAGAAGCUCGCCAGGCAACAGAACUGUCUGCCAAAGCACAAUACGCAAAGCUAGGCGCUGCCAUCAAANAGGACAAGCGCUUCGUGUGGUGGACGCUCUAUGUUAUGCUUUUGGUCUUCGGUUGGGGUUAUGAUGCUGGUCUCUCUGGUGUCGCAAUCGCUUUCCCCGAGUUCAGGAAGCACUAUGGUUCGUACUUUGCCGACGGCAAACAAUGGGUCAUCCCUGCUCUUUGGCAAUCUCUUUGGAACGCUGCUUCAACUAUCGGCCAAGUCUUUGGUGGAUAUGCUGCCGGUCAAUUCGCCGAUGUUACGGGUCGCAAACCCUUGCUGUACUCAGCAGUGUCUCUGUCUUUGGCAUCUUCCUUCGCCCUGGUCUUCGCACCCAACCUUCCAGUUCUCUUUGUCUCCAAGCUACUUCUCGGUCUCGCCGUUGGUCUCUCUACUGCUACACCUCCUCUCUACGUUACCGAAAAUGCGCCGGCGAAUUUGCGCAGCACCGCUUCCUCCUUGACAAAUGUUAUCAUCGUGUUUGGCUUCUUUGCGUCUUCGAUGACUGGCUUUGGAGCCUCCAAGAUCGACGGACCAUGGUCAUAUAGACUCGCUUUCUGUAUGACCUUCGCUCUGCCUGCACUGUUUCUCAUCGUCCUCCCGUUCUUCCCGGAGAGUCCGGUCUGGUACAUGAAGAAGGGUCGCGAGGCGGAUGCUCGCAAGGCUAUUAUCAGACUUUUUGGCCCUGACACCGACGUUGACGAGCGUAUCGAGAUUAUCAAGACCGAACUACAGCAGGCUGAGUUCGAGGGUGCUGGUAAAAGUUCGACCAGCUGGAAAGCAAUUUUCUCGAAAGAACACCGUGCCAGGACCCUUGUUUCAGUCCUUGGGCUGCAGGUUCAGAACUUCUCGGGCGGCUAUUUUGCGAAUACGGUAGGUGUCAAUGACUGGUACAAAGUCAAAGAUGCGAUGCUGACACAACCGUAUAGUNACCAGACGUAUUACUUCGAACUCAUCGGCCAAAGCGACCCUUUUGGUCUGACAGCAAUCUCUUCCACCCUACAGCUCCUGGCGAAUUUCGUUGCCGUCCUUGUAUCUGAUGUCGUCCCCCGCCGUAAGGGACUCAUUGGUGGUGGUACCGUACUCAUGUUCUGGUCUGUCAUCAUCGGUGGUACCUCUGUUGCUGGUACCAAGAACAUCGCUGCGAAUACUGCUCUCUUGGUCUUCAUGAUCACUUGGUCCAUGCUCUACACUGCUACCGUCGGUUGCUAUGGCUGGGCUGUAGCUCAAGAAACUGCAUCACAAGCAACGAGACCUAAGACCAUCUCUUUCACUCUUGUUUGCCAGCAACUCACGGCCCUUAUGCUAUCUUCAGUCUUCCCUUACUUCAUCAAUCCUGAUCAGCUCAAUUGGGGUGGCAGAGUCAUGUUCUUGUUUGUUGGCGCUGAGGUUUUCAUCAUCACUGCCCUCUGGUUCUUCCAGCCCGAGACCAAGAACAGAAGCAACGCUGAUAUCGAGAUUCUCUACGCUGCUGGCAUCCCUCCUCGCAAGUUCAAGAACUUUGCUGUAGUCGACGGUCAAGUCGCGGAGAAGGAACAUCAGGAUGGGUUUCUCAGUCGCUUCUCUCGCAGAGCUUGA